GCUUGAUUAGUUAAUGUUGACAGUUUGCGUAAAAUCAGCUGGAGCUUGUGCUAUCAGCAUAAUUGUCAGCUGUUAGAGAGCUCCUAGAGAUGAUCUCUCACGUUAAAGUUGAUGAUAUAAUGUAAAUUAUGCCAGUUAAUUACCUAUCAAUACCAACAAGAUAUCAUUCUUUUGUUAUUUCUCAUAAAUCUAUUCAAUCUUCAUCACCUCCACUGCCACCACCAACAUUGAACCAAUCAAUUUAUUUAUCUUUUACUCCACUUGAAAACAUUUUUGAUAUUAGUGAGGUAACCACCACCUGUAAAGCUUUCCUUUGCUUGUAUUUUGUUGGUUACUUUGAUAUAACAUGAUACUUUGUUGAAUAAAUUAUAUAAAAGUCGUUAUUCAUCAACUUGUUUGUUGCUUUACUCAAUUGUUUUGCUGUAUAGACACGUGUUUAGUGUUCAACAUCAUAAAUAGUUAAUUAUUCUCUAGGCAUCUCUUUACAUGUUGUUAAAAUCAUCCUGUCUGAGAUUGCUCAUUUCCAAUGGACUGGUUUCUAAAAGAUUAUCAUCUUCCAUUUAUUCAAAUUCAUCAUACAAGUUGCUCGAUUCAUUUUUCAACAUGUUUGGCGUAACUCAAUCAAGACCUUCAAGUGAUUUAUCCAAAUUUCGUUCCAUUUUUGCCCAAUCCAAGCAUAUUGUUGCCAUAACUGGAGCCGGGAUCUCUGCUGAAUCUGGUGUCCCAACAUUCAGAGGAUCUGGAGGCCUUUGGAGGACCUUUCGUGCUACCGAGUUGGCUACACCUUCAGCUUUUGAACGUAACCCUUCAUUGGUAUGGGAAUUUUACUCUUAUCGCCGGGAAGUGGUCCUAACUAAGUCACCCAACCCUGCUCAUAUUGCUCUUGCUGAAGCUGAGGCUCGAUUAAAAGGAGAAGGUCGUAAAUUGGUUAUUAUUACUCAAAACAUUGAUGAAUUACACCAUAAAGCAGGCAGUACCAACAUUAUUGAACUUCAUGGUACUUUGUUUAAAACUCGAUGUCUAAAAUGUGGCCAUGUUGACUCUAAUUAUGACUCUCCUAUUUGUGAAGCUCUUCGAGGAAAGGGCAGUCCUGACCCCAAUAUAAUGGAAUCAGUUAUUCCCAUACAUGAUCUUCCGCAUUGUAAAAAGUCUGGCUGCAAUGGACUUCUUCGCCCCAAUGUUGUCUGGUUCAAUGAAUCACUUCGAAGUGAAGACUUGCAAUCAGCUGAGAAAGAAAUGUCAGCCUGUGACUUAGUUUUAGUCAUUGGUACAUCCUCAGCUGUUUAUCCAGCUGCUAAUUUAGCUCCAGCAGCAGCGGCAAGAGGAGUACCUGUAGCUGAAUUCAAUAUUGAAGAAACAAGUGCCACAAAUGAUUUUGGUUUUCAUUUUCAAGGUCCAUGUGGUAAAACGUUAACCGCUGCUCUGGCACCAUAACUAUGACACUUCACUCAACCAUUCUCUUCCAUCAAACUCAUUAUGCAAAAAAACUUAUUUUCAUUUAUCAAGCCAAUCAAUUUAUAUUUUACCAUUAUGCAAAGCAGUUACAUUGUAUAAAAAUUGCGAUUAGUAUUGUAGAGAUAUCUUUGCGGUAUCAAAAAGGAACAACAAUAUCGUUGUCAGGCAAGAAUUAAAACAAUCAACAAGAAAAAGAUUCUAAGAAACUGACUAACUCUAAUAAAUUUUACAUUUUUAGUUUUUUA